GCGGAAUCACUCAGACGUCAACUCUAAAUGCUACUCAGUUAUUUAAUUUUAAAUUAACCUUUUCCCUAGUUAAUAUAUAGAUAUUAAUGAAGUGCGACUAAACAGCCACUCAGCUUAGUUAAAGUAUAACUAAAACUUAUUCAGCAGUUCACUUCAGUAACCCGUUCAAUUGAACUUGUUCUGUACAAAACGAGAGCUCAGUAAAGUUGUAGUUUACUUUACUAACUUAAAGUAAACUUGUAGUAAAGUUGCUGUAUUUAAUUCUGUCAGUUAAAUAUAUUGAUAAAGUCAAAUCAGUAUUUUAGUUAGCAGUAAAGCAAAAGCAAAGUACAAAAUAGCGAAUUAACAGAAGCGGAGAGAAGGAUAGCACGUGUUCGAACAACAACAGGUUCUUAAAGGGAUUUUUAAAAUGAGUGCACGUCCACGUCGAAUGCCGAAUUUUACCAGUGCCGAAGAGAAUGUCUUGAGAAUGUUAGCGCAGAAAUACAAGAAUGAGAUUGAAAAGAAGGGUGCAAAUGCCGACAUUUGGCGAAGUAAGAAAACUGCAUGGGCGAAUAUUGAGAAGGAAUUUUUUAACAAAACGAAAGUUAAUCGUCCGGCUAUUAAAUUAAAAUCGAAAUAUGAAUCUUUGAAGAAAUUGAAAAAACUAGAAAUUGUUGAAGUCGAAGUUAAGCAAGAAUUGAUCGAGAAUCAAGAAAUGUUUCAAGCUGAAUUAGUAAUUGCACCGAAGAAAUCGCCUCAGGUCGAGCUAGAAGCUAUCAUGGAAGAGCCGAAAUCAAAUCCCCAAGUCAUUUGCGAGGUUUCUAUAGAGGAACCGAAUUCACCCUCUCAAUCAGAGUUGUAUAUUCCAAAAGGGGAACCGAAAUCAUCCCCUCAAGCUGAGCUAGAUGUUCCUAAAGAGGAACCCAAAUCUUCACCUCAAGCCGAGUUAAAUAUUCCAAAAGAUGAAGCAAAAUCACGAACUCAAUCUGUGUUAGUAGUUUCUAAAGAUGAACCAAAAUCACCCCCUCAAGCUGUGUUGGAAGUUCCAAAAGAGGAACCCGCCAGCCAGCAGCCGAUGGAAGUUGAUUUAGAAGACGAUUCAAAUACUUCUUCUGCUUCGAGUCUCAACACAGGACCAAGCAAUGAUAUAAAAAGAAAUUCCACCUUGUCCACGGAGCUUAAGUUGAAUCAGGAACAUUUUGUUUUUUAUCGCAAUAAGGAAAUACGUGCCCAACAAAAACAUUUGGCUGAACUAACAAAUUUAGAAAUCCAGCGAAAAAUUUUGGAAAUGGAGCUUAAAAUCAAAGAACGAUCUUUUAAUAAUAUUUAGUCUAUUAUAAU